AUGCGUCUGGGCAACCGACGGGAACUGUCACCCAUAGGAAUGACAGAUAAUAUGGCGUCGCAUGUUGGGGGAGGGGGAAAGGUAAAGGAGGACAGGGGUAAGGAGGACAGGGGUAAGGAGGACAGGGGUAAGGAGGACAGGGGUAAGGAGGACAGGGGUAAGGAGGACAGGGGUAAGGAGGACAGGGGUAAGGAGGACAGGGGUAAGGAGGACAGGGGUAAGGAGGACAGGGGUAAGGAGGACAGGGGUAAGGAGGAAUUGAAGGAGGAAAUGAAACAAGACGAAAAAGGUGAUGUAAUGGAUGAUGUUAAGGAGCAAGUAAAAAAUGAUAUAUUGUAUGAGGUUAAGCAGGAAGUGAAAGAAGAAGUAAAGGAAGAAGUAAAAGAAGAAGUGAAAGAAGAAGUAAAGGAAGAAGUAAAAGAAGAAGUAAAAGAAGAAGUAAAGGAAGAAGUAAAGGAUGAUAACAUAGCAGUUACAAGGAGCAAAUGGGGGAAGAGACCAAGACAUAGAUAA